AUGGCGACCGAAACCACCACCACUACUACCACCGCCCCCGAGGCAACGCCCGCCCCCGAGCCGGCCACCGAUCUAUCGGCGCUGACCAUGGCGACCACGGAAGAGCCCGCCGAGGCAGCCGAGGCUGCCGAGGACCCGAAAAACGACGACGCCAACGACACCUCCUCGGAUCAGGAGCAGAGCAAGAAGCGCUCUUCAUCAGACGCCGACCUGAAGGACGGAGCGCCCCCGACCAAGAUUACGAAACGCAGAGCCGCCCGCGCCUGUGUGAGCUGUCGCGCGCGCAAGGUCCGCUGCGACGUGGUUGAAGGCGCGCCCUGCGGCAACUGCCGAUGGGACAAUGUCGAGUGCGUUGUCCAGGAGAGCCGCCGACGAAAGAAGAACUUGUUGACUGCCAGCACGGCGGGGCACCAUGGUGUGGGAGCCGAGGCACAGUUGCGCUCCAAGGGCGCAAACCCAAUCAACAUUCACAGCAGCGCGGAACUGCGCCGACCCAGCAAUGCCUCGGUGGCCUCGGUCAACGGCUCCAUCGCCGCGAACCCCGUUCCCGCAUCCUCCGGCGUGCCCCUGAAUGCGACGUCUGGCCUUGGUGCCGGCGUUGCUGCUGCUGCUGCUGGAUCAGGAUCUGCAGGAGGAAACGGAAUCGGCGUUGGAAUUGGCCCUGGUGUUCUCGGGGGCCUGUCGGUACCCGGCGGCUCCUCAGACGGAAUCGAGGGUCACGUUCCGCACAUGAUCUAUCAACGAUCGGGCUACCGUCAUGACAGCGCAGCGCUGCUCACCAAGCUGCAGUCUGCUGCGGCCGCAGCGUCAGCAGAUGGCAACUCUCGUCGCCUGUUGUCCAACCUGCUCGCCCAGGCCUCUCUCUUUGGCGGCAUGGGCGGUGCAGGCGGCGCCGGCGGUGCUGGCGACGGGCGAACGAGUCAAUUCCUCGCCUCCCUCGAGGAGCCCGACCUCCACGGCCAGCUCCCGGCCUUUGUGAAACCGCUACCCGCCAAGAUCGCCCAGGAGGAUGUCACCUAUCUGCACGCAAAGGGCGCCCUGACUCUGCCUGCGCUGCCGUUGCAGAACGCUCUGCUCCAGUCCUACGUCGAAUACGUUCAUCCAUACAUGCCGCUGCUCGAGCUGUACGACUUUCUGGCCAUCAUCAACGCCCAGGAUGGGCUAUGCGGUCAGAUCAGCCUGUUCUUGUAUCAGGCCGUCAUGUUUUCCGCCACCGCCUUUGUCGACAUGAAGGUCCUUCGCGAGGCGGGAUACCCGACGCGGAAAGCCGCCAGGAAGGCUUUCUUCCAGAAGACGAGGCUGCUUUACGACUUUGACUACGAGUCGGAUCGCCUCGUCCUCGUCCAGGCUUUGCUUCUGAUGACGUACUGGUACGAGACCCCCGACGACCAAAAGGACACAUGGCACUGGAUGGGCGUUGCCAUUUCGCUGGCCCACACCAUUGGCCUGCACCGCGACCCAGCCGCGACGAGCAUGCCGGUUCGCAAACAGAAGCUGUGGAAGCGCAUCUGGUGGUCCUGUUUCAUGCGCGACCGCCUCAUCGCCCUGGGCAUGCGCAGGCCCACCCGCAUCAAGGAUGAGGACUUUGACGUGCCGAUGCUGCAGGAGAACGACUUUGAGCUGGAGAUCCUGCCCGAGGAGAACAAGAUCAUUCCCGCCGAGUGUAUGCUGCUCCGCGACGUCUCGAUGCAGCGGGAGUUGGCCGCGCUGUGCAUCUCCAAAGCGCAGUUGUGCAUCUGCAUCAGCCACAUGCUCAAGGCCCAGUACUCCGUCCUCAUCCGCGAUAAGAUGCGCCCGGAGAACACCGUCAACAGCACCAUGAUGCUGUUUCCGAAUAAGAAGCUCGACAACGUCGAGAGUGUGACUUCGGUGGACCUGGAGCUCAUGGCCUGGGCCGACACCUUGCCCGCCAUCUGCCAGUACCGGCCCCUGACGCCCCUCGAUGUCAAGAACGGGCGGUCGACCGUCGCGGUCCAGCGCACUCUGCUGCACAUGGUGUACUACACCACCAUCUCGGCCUUGCAUCGCCCGCAGUUCCUGCCGUCGUCUCCGGUCCACGCACCGACGACGUCCCGGCAGGUGCAGGAGAUGUCCCGGCUCCGGGUCCGCGACGCCGCGAUGCACGUCACCCGGAUGGCGGCCGAGCUCCACCAGCUCCGCCUCGAGAGGUGUCUCCCCACCACCGGCGUCACCGUCAUCCUGCCGGCCAUGAUUAUUCAUCUUCUGGAAAUGAAGAACCCCGUCUCGCAGUCCAGGGACCGCGCCACUCGUGGCUUCCGCCAGUGCAUGCGCGUCAUGGAGAAGCUGCGCGAGAUCUACGCCGCCGCCGACUACGCCACCGGGUUCCUCGAUGCGGCCCUCCGCAAGGCCGCCAUUGACAUUAACCUCCAGCAGACCACCGCGCCCAUGACGCAGCAGAAUCUCAAGCUCGCCGAGCCGACUUUUGGCGCGCAGACGCCCCCGCCCGAUAACAUCCCCUACAUGACGACCGGCGAGGCCCUCUUCGCCAACAAGCCAAACCCCCAGCGCGAGUUUCUGCCGCAGACCAUCAACGCCGCAGCGCUUGACUUGUCGGCGCAGAGCCCGCCGCCUACCGAGAAGGAUCACGAGUCUUCGCUUGAGGCCAUGACGCCCAGCGCCAAUGGCAGCUUCGGCAGCACCGAGGAGCCCGGCCCGCUCGACCUCGAGUUCCUGCAGACCCAAGAGGAGAUUGACUGGAACGCCAUGACGGGCACAGAGUUUGACGUCGAUCAAUGGCUCCAGUUCCCGCCAGAGGGCGUCAACAACACGGAUGACGGGUUCAUGGCCAACGUAUUUGGGGAAGAUGGCAUGAACGACGCCAUGAACUGGGCGGCGGCCGGUGUGGACACGACUACGAAGGACGGCGACGGUGCAGCUGAAAUUGCCACCCUCGCCUAA